AUCAGCAACGAUGAGUGGAAGAGGCAAAGGAGGAAAAGGACUCGGUAAAGGAGGCGCAAAGCGUCACCGUAAAGUCCUCCGUGAUAACAUCCAGGGAAUCACCAAGCCCGCUAUCCGCCGUCUGGCUCGCCGUGGUGGAGUGAAGCGUAUCUCCGGUCUGAUCUACGAGGAGACCCGCGGUGUGUUGAAGGUGUUCCUGGAGAAUGUGAUCCGUGAUGCCGUCACCUACACCGAGCACGCCAAGAGGAAGACCGUGACCGCCAUGGAUGUGGUGUAUGCUCUGAAGAGACAGGGACGCACUCUGUACGGCUUCGGUGGAUAAACACACUCUGUUGCUUUAUGAACACUAAAGGCCCUUUU